GAACUGGAUGUGUGAAUUAUUUGCUUAACUGCAUAGCACAAGGUGAAGCACCCAGUAGGCCAUGGGGACAGCCAAUGAGACAGUAUUGAUGGAGUUCAUCCUGGUGGGACUCUCCAAUCAUCCCCAGGCACAGGUGGCCUUCUUUGCACUUCUCUUGGUGACCUACCUGCUCACCCUGCUGGGGAAUGGCUUAAUCAUAGUGCUCAUCUGGACUGACUCACAGCUCCACACCCCCAUGUACUUCUUCCUCAGCAAUCUCUCCUUCCUUGACCUCUGCUACACAGCUACCUCUGUGCCCCAGGCAUUGGCCAACUGCUUUAAAAAGAGACCCACAAUCACCUUUGCUAACUGCUACACCCAAAUGACAGUCUCACUUUACUUGGGAGUGACAGAGUGUCUCCUGCUGGCUGUCAUGGCCUACGACCGCUUUGUGGCCAUCUGCAACCCCCUGCGCUACCCCAUCGUAAUGAGUGGGAAGGUCUGUAUGCAGAUGGCAGUUGGUGUGUGGGCCAGUGCUUUCUUCCUGACAGCGAUCGUCACCUUUGCUUUCCCACUUCAGUUUUGUGGCACCAACAUCAUCAACCACUUCACCUGUGAAGCUCUGGCCAUACUGAAGCUGGCCUGCUCUGACACCCACAUCACCCGCAUCGUUAUGUUUGGCAGUUCGGUCUUGACGCUUCUCGUACCCUUCAUCUUCAUCCUGGUGACAUAUGUGCGCGUUGGCAUGGCUGUGCUGCGUAUCCACUCGGCCCAGGGCAGGAGCAAAGCUGUCUCCACCUGUGGAUCCCACCUGGUUGUGGUCAGUAUAUUUUAUGGCACGGCCAUGUCCAUGUCCAUUCGCCCACAGACCAAGUCUGCCUCUGACCAGGACAAGCUGGUUUCUGUCUUCUACGGGGCAGUGACACCCAUGUUGAACCCCCUGAUCUACAGCCUGAGGAACAAGGAUGUGCGUGGGGCCCUGAGGAGAGUGAGUGGUAGGGAAAUGCUCAUUUCAAGUCCAUGA